AUGAGAGCCAUUGUUAACAAUGACUUCUUCGAUUCUCAGUCUGAACUUGGCGUACGUGUUCCUGAUGUACUCCGGUGACAUCAUAUUCCACUCUCUGGCAAUGGAGACCUUCGAGGCAUGAAUGCUGUUCUGAUGCUUGUUGCCUGCCUUCCUUUCGACAUAAGUCCAACUUGCUGCUGCGUACUCGGCACUUCGCUUUGUCCGCAACUACACCUGAUCCGGUAAACGAAACUCGGACAAAGCAAUUAUGUCGGAGAAACUGGGAGAUUACUCCGCAAGUGAAUUGCCGAGCACGCAGCAGCAGUGAGGCGGGGAGACGCUAGCUCUCAGCUGGUGGCACACUCGACGGGACCCGGCCAUAUUUUCAAAUGUCAAGAGGCCGAAAUCCUCGCAAGGGGUGACAACCGCGUGGACCGCGAGCUGCUCGAGUCAUGGUUCUCAGGCCCGCAAUCCAUCAACAAGCACAAUGACCUCCCGGUACCAUAUUCCGUGCUGAGAUUUUCCCUGAGCAGGGGAAUCAGUCACGCGGGGAGGGCGCGGGUGAGCAAUUAUCACAGUGACAGUGAGUCAAUUUGCCGAUUAAUCGUCACGCCAGCAUCCAGCACGGAUGACGAAAUCACGACAAUUAACGACUCGGACUCGGACCGACAAGCCACCACCGCACCAAUUAAGGCCCCAGCGGUGAUUGCGAGAACUGUUAAUGGCAGUGCGCAUACGGUCCCACGGCAGCCACGUGCUAUAAAUACUGCACGCCUUGUGCCACCAUCACCUUUAUCUGCGAAUGUCUCUGAUGAUGGAUUUGAGUGAGAAUCCGAAAUGUCAGGCCAAUAAAUUCCUUGUUCCAGUGAUCGCAUCUUCAUCUUCUGAUAAGUCCAAAUGCUGUGGUUGAGGAAAUUUAAGACUGAUGAGCAUGGUGGCCACAAAUCCUUGGGUCAGAAAUUAAGCAUGUGGUCAACCAGAAACUUCUGUGACGUGAGUGGAGGCGCGCCAUCUUGUAGUUGGAAUCUAUCCCAGGCUUGAAAUGCUUCUGAAGGACAUUCAGGUACACUUCUGUUUUUACUUUGACUCCUGCCUUCAUGAACACCUGGGGCGUGACUUUGCCGUCUGCGGCUACCAAGCCAAAGAUGAAUGAUGCUUUUUCUGAAGCAUGUACUUAGCAUUCUCACGCACCCCGUUCAUCUUCAGGGGGCUUAUGUGGCGAUCGUUUCGCCUGUUGGACACCGAAUCGACCGUGAAGAGUUUUUCGUCGGAGUAGAACAUCGUGUAUAACCCUUUACUGAGGAACCUUAAGAUUCUCUUACUUCUUUCCAGUCUCUUCUCUUUUACAGCCUCAGUAGCGGGAUGCUUCCUGGUCCUGGUCCUGGGUUUAGGCUUCAGGUUCUUUUCAGCAUAUUCCUGACAGCCUAUUCCAGCACCUCGAGCUCCAAUGCUAUCUUUCUCAUGCUCCGAACUGGGUUGCAACGAAUACGAUCCCAAACAGCCCUUAUAAGACAUGGACUACGAACGCUUUUUUGGUUUUCUACUGCUAUGGUUCCUGUCGAUGCGACCGAGCUCCUUAUAUCGGUCGAUAAUGGUUUAAACUCUAGAACUGGUCAUUUCCAACUUGGCAGCGAUGCCCUUGGGCGAGAGGCCAUUGAGACUGAGCUUAAUAAUUGCCUCAUUAUUUUUCUCAUGGCUAAAUAUUUGACACCUUUCUCCAAGAAUCUGUUAUUGUAUGACAUAUGUGUGGUAUUCUAAAGAAAAAAAAACAUAGAUUUAAAUCCAGAUAUUUUCAAAAAGUAGCGACAGAACCAUUACGAACUUUUUCGGUCGCAUGCUGUAUCAGAUAAUUUCUGCAAACGCAGUUAACCAUCUGUGACUUGGUAUCUACACAUGUUUCUGUUUCUGUCACAGCACUGAUUUUGAAUUUAUUCUGCACAGGAUGAAUGCCCCACCUCAUUUGCGCACAAUGUCGCCGUCGCAUUCUCACCAACAAGCCAUGUACUCAUUCUGGACGACUGGGAUCACGAAGUUGGCAGACGGAUGCUUCCUGCCGUCAGAAACGUCGUGAGUUUGAGUAGAAUAUCACUGCUCCCUUUAAAUACAACGGUAACAUUGAACAUUAAGUAGUUUUCCAUCACCGCUCCGAAGUCUAGUAUAGGCAUUCAUUUCCGAACGCACUGCUGCGUACUACUUUGUUUACGAGUUCUAUAUUGCUUCCUUUAUGCAGAUCGCACCCGCUGCACAAAUGUCGUAAGUUUUUGACUGAUUACUAACUUGAUCUUAGGAUGAAUUACAAAAACUCCACAGCCCUCAUUUUUGGACGACAAGGUCCUUUCAACGGAACCAAUAGCAACGAUACUCGGUCGGAAGGUGGACGUUUUAGUCCUGAUUGCCAAUCAAAGGAUACGAUCUGUCAGGUUAGUUUUAGUGAAGACCUACACACCGCGCUAAUGCAUUCCGUAAACACGUCAAGUUGUUAAUUUUCCCAGGUGGACAUAUAGCAGGAAAUAGUUUCGGUCCAGCCCCCGAAACUCCUCCACCCCCAUUUAGAGCAAAUUAAUCCUCCUUCUUUUGAAUAUUCCCGUCCAGUUCCGACUGCAUAAACGUGCGUUUGCUGUGAUGUUACCUACUGAAAUUUCUCUGGUUCCUCUGGAGGUUUCUGCUGACAGUUUCUUCGACUUCCUUCUGUGGAACCUUCUCAAUGCACACUCGGAUGCCCUCACUGUGGUGCCAAUUACAAUUAACUCGAGUGAAGGUGCUCGCGGAGGCCUCUUGUUUUGUAUUGUGUCCGCAUGUCUUUCUACAGUUUUUUUAAAUUGUGCAAUGUAAAAUAAUAGAGGGUGGGCUUCCUCCAGUUCUCGCACAUAUAUAGAAAGGCACGAAUGUGAAGCAGAAUGCUGGUCUUCUUCGUCGAGAUGAGAGUAGUGCUCGCUGCAUCUGCAACAAAAGAACAACUUUCGGUAAGAUGUGGUUUGGUAGCCCCACCUGAUGGACACAAUGCUGUUGGGGUUGGGGUCAAGGGUUAGCGUCACGGGUAAUAGUUAGGGGUUAUGGUUAGGGAUUAGGAGUUAUGGUUAGGGGAUAGGGUUAAGACUUAGGGUUUAGGGCUUAAACGUUAAGGUUAGGGGUUAGGGUAAGGGGUUAGCGCAACUACCUUUCAACCACUCAAAGUACAACCGCGCAUUCUCAAUAGAUUUUCUUUUGCACCCAACUUCUUGCCCUCGUCGCCUGUGCGUUCCCCGACCCCACCUGUAAAAACCCCUAUUACCACCGGUCCCGUAUUAGAAGUGAUUGGGGUUUUGAAGAAGGAGACACGGUCGCUGGCACAAGAGCUUUAUUCGCCUGACGCUUCGGAUUCCUGCUUGAAUCCAUCAUCAGAGAGAAGGCAGAUACAGAUGUUUCAUGCACAAGGGGCUGCAGUGUUUAUAGGAUGCAGUCGCCAUGCUACCGCAUAGCUAUGAACAUUCACGGCUCCCCCUUCAUCCGGGAUCGUCGCACUCAGUGUGCCAAUUGCUUGAUGGCCGACAUUCGCGUCGUUAGUGUGAUUGGGGUUUGUCUACUUCAGGUGGGGCUACAUAACACAUCCGACUCAAAUUUCGAAUAACUGCUGUCUGCAUUGCUAUGGUAUAACUGCAUAUUUUAGAGUUGCGAAAAUUCCCAACUAGCAGUUCAGAAGACCAUUUGGCGAGCCUACGCGUGCUUUCGAUAAAUUCUCGUCAGGCCGGUACAUUUAUCUGGGAACGAAGUACAAAGUAAACCGUGUGAGCCGUAGGAGAAAUCGACCGCGGUUUGUCUUUUCGAGUACAUAUGUGGAUCCCUUGUCAACCAACCACUAGGAAACAGGUAUUCCGACAACCACACUCAGGGAGCUAGGACUAAAAAUGCUCAUAAAAUAUGCAGUUCCUUUUUGACGACCAAAUAUGUACACAAAUAGACGGAGUUGCUAUACGAUCGCCUGUUGAUCCCCUCCCAGUCGACGUCUUCAUGGGCGGGCUAGAGAAGUUCCAGUUAAAUGACCAAAUCAAUAAGCUAAGGCACCACGGUCUCUACCCCGACGACAUUUUUCAAGCAUCCACCACAGAAACCGACACUGUCGCCCUCUUAAUCGCGGUAAAUCAGGCACAUCCUUUGAUCAAAUUCACGGUAAAUAUGCAAACGGCCUGCUCUCUCUCUCUCUCUCUCUUUCCUAGAUGUCCUUCUAAACAUCCCAAGGAGCGUCUAUCGAAAGAAAACCGGCCAUGGAAAAUGCACGGACUUCGACAGUUUUGUACCCCUCCAACUUAAACGAAAUCUAGUCCGGUGUUUGGCGCAACAGGCUGGUAACAUUUGUUCUGCAGAUAGCAUCGAGGAGAAACUAAGAGUGAUCGAGGACUUGCUUCGCGGAAACUGGUAUCCGAACAGAACAGCCUGCAAGACCCACUACACUGAUUGACGAAAAGAAAACUUUGUUCCCCAAAGUCCCUCUUCAAGGGGACGCUGCGGGUAAACUCCUAAGAAGACGCCUUGAGCAAACUGUCUCGCGAACCUUACUAGCCGCAAGAGUUCGGAUAUCAUUCUCUUCUAACCUUAUUUUAGGCGCAGAAGGUGAAGGUGCUGAAUCUUAACAAUAAUAGCUACCAGAUCAGCCAUCAACGCAGUUGUAUAAGGACGCUCUGUUGGAGUGUUGGGACGCAGUACAGUGGGGUGGAUGACAAGAUCGCCGAACUACAAUACCUUCGACGGGUGGCCAAAGUCAGUGGCUACCCGCGCAACGUCGGCCACCCGGCAGAAGUCCCAGUCGUACGGAUUCCAAAUUUUAACGAGCGCAUCAAAAACGUUUCGGAAGCUGUCGACCGCCUUGUCGCACCACGUGGGGUUGGAGUUGCACACAAACCGGAGACAACUAUCAGAUGUCUGGCUAAUGAGACCGAAAGGCCCACUGCCGCGGCAAGAAACGUCUGGGGCGAUUAUCAGAUCUGGUUCAGUUGCAGACAAAUCAACUACGUCGGAGAAACCGGAGGACUGCUCCAAAUGCGAAUGGCCAAACACGUGGCAACAAUGCGGAGAAAUGACGCCAGCUCUCAAGUUGAGGCUCAUUCGACGAGGCCCGACCACACAUUCGAAUCCGACGAGGCCAAAAUCCUUGUAAGAGGUGACAAUCGCGUGAGCUGCAAGCUCCUGGAUUCAUGGUGCACUGGCCCCAGUCAAUUAACGAGUGAAAUGGCCUUCUCCCUCUGA